AACUGAUCCACCUUCCGCCAAGGCGUCAUGCAAACUUUCCACCAGAUACCUGAGGCCCAGAUACGACUCCGAGACGUAGCAAGCUGGCGGACAAGCUGGCCGGGCAGCUUCUCUUGGUUUAGUCUUAGCUUGUAGGCAGGGCAGAGGGCAGGCCAAUGGCUGGGCUGGUUGUGCGAGGGUGCCCUGUUUGUAGGGGCUCGUUAGGUCUCGUUGGCCAAUCGUUGGGUCCAGCAGGUCGACAAUUGUCAGCAAUAACGGCAAGACCAAGUAAUGGGUGGUUGCAUCAUGUGCUCAGAAAGGCCUUUUUUGGAGCUUUUAGUGGUCAAAGUCAGCGUGCAGAGGGUUGGGUUCUCGGGGCGGAUGCUGAGGUGCGAGAGAGUAGAGGCUCCAGUCAGAGACCCGCAAGGAUUGUAGCGGUGGCUGCGACAGCGAAUGCUGAAGAUGCUGUCAGACGGAGAGAUGAGGAGCGUGUGCCUAAGCGGACGGACGCUAAGAAAUUGCUUCAUGGAAAGAAGAUUGCCACAGCGGAAGGAGUGAAGCCGGGGAAGCAGGUGCAGUACAGCAAAGCCACCAGGCGCGCUUACAACGAAAAGUUUGGGCCGCAGCCGGACCGCCUUAGCAAGAUCAUGGCUGCUGCAGGAGUUGCGUCAAGGAGGAAGUGCGAGGAGAUCAUCUUUGAAGGCAGGGUUACUGUGAACGGGCAAGUGGUCAAACUGCCACAGACGCAGGUCCACCCCCGGAAAGACUCGAUUUACGUGGACGGCCGCUCGCUGCCCAAGAACGUGGAGUCGCUCUACUUUUGCCUGAAUAAGCCCAAGGGGUACAUGUGCUCCAACGAUCCGAAUGGCAAGAAGCUGGUCGUCGACCUGUUCGAGGACUUCAUGCUGGCCUGGGAGCAAAAGCACCCCAACAUGCCCCGCCCUCGGCUGUUCACGGUGGGCCGCUUAGAUGUUGCCACCACCGGCCUGCUGAUCGUGACCAAUGACGGGGACUACGCGCAGGCCAUCGCCCACCCAUCUUCCGGCGUCACCAAAGAGUACAUCGUCCAGGCCGCGGCUGUCCCGAGCAAGAAGCAGCUGCAGAUCAUGGCGGAGGGCACCAUGGUGGACGGCCUCCUAGUGACGCCCCUCACGGUCGCGCUGCUCGAGACGGGGCCGCAAGUGGACGGCAGGCGCAUCCUUGUCGAGGUGGCAGACGGGCGGCAUCACGAGGUGCGCGAGCUGGCCAAGGCCGCUGACGUGGAGGUGGUUUCGCUGAAGCGGACGCGGAUAGGGGGCCUCAGGCUACCACGCGACCUGCUGCCUGGCCAGUACAAGCUGCUGUCACCUCGACAGAUCGCAAGCGUGCUAGAUCAGUCCAGUGCGGUGAAGAGGCAGGCGCCUUUGAAGGCCGUCCCAAUCUCGAGAUAGGUCAAAUGGCAUCAGGUUGAAAAGAUGCACCUUAAUUGGGUGCCGUUGCUAAAGACAGGUGAUGAGGUGAAUUACAAAGAGCAUAGCUGUCAGGGAAUGAGAGAGAUCAAAUAGGAGCUUGUAUCAGAAGUAUGUGCAGGCGCUGCGUUUCAUUCGACGUGACGAGUUAGUGGUUACUACAAUCAAGUGCUGACUGUCGGGCACAGUGCUUUAAAUCAGGCCUCUUUCGUCUUUAUUUGUGCUUGUGUCUUAGUAUACUUUGUGCACAUAGAUGGU